AUGAAGAAGAUCAAUCUCAUACUUAGGAAAUGCAAGAGUUUGUCGAGACAACUCGGAAGAUCAUCUUCGUAUAGCAGCCUAAGCUCGAAAUCGGCUAGGGAAGAUCAUCAUCUGUGGAAUGAUCACAUGGGAGGAAGAAAUGAUGGUGAUAAUCAGCAGCAUUGUGAAACAAUUUACGUUGGGAGUACAAGGAAACGUUAUGUGAUUAGUUCAAAGUACCUUAAUCAUCCAUUGUUGAAUGCAUUGAUCCAGAGGUCGAAACAGAAGCAUGGAGGGGAAGACAUAUUGGUGAGAUGUGAGGUAGUUUUGUUUGAUCAUCUUCUAUGGAUGCUUGAGAAUUCCGAUCCUAAUCUCAUAUUGGAUUCCUUGGAAGAAUUGGCUGACCUCUAUGUGUUUUGA